AUGGUUGAACCAUCCAUGUGCAAUUUCCUGAGCAUCAGCGCUUUCACCCUUGCUGAUUGUGAUUCCAACGCGGACGGGUUUGUGUGUUUGCUCCUUCAGCUGUACGUGGCCACAGAGGCCAUCCUCAUUGCCCUGGUGGGGGCCACGCCCUCGUACCACUGGGACCUGGCGGAGCUCCUGCCCAAUCAGAGCCACAGCAACCGGUCAGCGGGGGACGAGCGCGCCCUUGGGGACUGGCUGCUGACCGCCAACGGCAGCGAGGUCCGGAAGCACGUGCAUUUCAGCGGCAGCUUCACCUCCAUCGCCUCUGAGUGGUUUUUAAUUGCCAACAGAUCUUACAAAGUCAGUGCAGCAAGCUCUUUCUUCUUCAGUGGUGUGUUUGUGGGAGUUAUCUCCUUCGGUCAGCUUUCAGAUCGCUUCGGAAGGAAAAAAGUCUAUCUCACAGGUUUUGCUCUUGACAUCUUAUUUGCUAUUGCAAAUGGAUUUUCCCCCUCCUAUGAGUUCUUUGCAGUAACUCGCUUCCUGGUGGGCGUAAUGAAUGGAGGAAUGUCGCUGGUGGCCUUCGUCCUGCUAAACGAAUGUGUGGGCACCGCCUACUGGGCGCUCGCAGGUACUGCUUCGCUCCAUGCAGAUGACAGAGAUGGGUCGAUCGGUGGCCUCUUCUUCGCGGUUGGCAUCGCCCAGUAUGCCCUGUUGGGAUACUUCAUCCGCUCCUGGAGGACCCUCGCCGUUCUGGUUAACCUUCAGGGAACAGUGGUCUUUCUCCUGUCUUUAUUCAUUCCUGAAUCACCCCGUUGGUUAUACUCCCAGGGUCGACUGAGUGAGGCCAAAGCGGCUCUGCACCUCAUUGCCAAGAGGAACCGCAAGCUCACGUGUACGUUCUCACUCACGUACCCGGCCAGCAGGAGCCCCAGGGAGACCGGAAGCUUCCUGGAUCUGUUCCGGUACCGGAUCCUCUUGGCACACACGCUCACCCUGAUGUUCAUCUGGUUCGUGUGCAGCUUGGUGUACUAUGGCCUCACUCUGAGCGCAGGUGAUCUGGGCGGAAAUAUUUAUGCCAGCCUGGCCCUGUCCGGCCUCAUAGAGGUUCCGUCUUACCCUAUCUGCAUCUACUUGAUUAACCAAAAAUGGUUUGGUCGGAAGCGGACUUUAGCGGCAUUUCUGUGCCUAGGAGGACUGGCUUGUCUUAUUAUAAUGUUUCUUCCAGAAAAGAAAGACACGGGCGUGUUUGCAGUGGUGAACAGCCGUUCCUUGUCUCUGCUCGGGAAGCUGACGAUCAGCGCGGCCUUUAACGUGGUCUAUAUCUACACGUCCGAGCUGUACCCCACGGUCAUCAGGAACGUUGGGCUUGGAACUUGUUCCAUGUUCUCCCGAGUUGGUGGGAUUAUUGCUCCCUUCAUCCCCUCACUGGUUGCCCCGCCUGUCCCUAACUCAGUGCUAAGUGAAUCCAUGAGCGUCAAGGGGAUCGUUUGGCUGAUUCCAGUGUCGAGAACUUUAAAGCUUAUGAGGUAUGUGCAGUGGUCUUUACCCUUUGUUGUCUUCGGAGCCACCGGCCUGACUUCAGGCCUCCUGAGUUUGUUGUUGCCGGAAACCCUUAACAGCCCAUUGCUAGAGACAUUUUCCGACCUUCAGGUGUAUUCAUAUCGGAGGCUGGGGGAGGAGGCGUUAUCUUUACAGACCUUGGAACCCCCACAGUCUGCAGACAAGGACAACACUUUAGGCAGUGAGAGUGAGGAAGAGGAGGAAUUUUUUGAUGCGGAUGAAGAAACCCAGAUGAUUAAGUGAAGAGCCCCAGGUCCCCCUCGCAAGCAGAUGAUCUCCUUGCCUCUGGCAAAGGCCGGCUUUUCCAGGAAACAUAAGAGUUGUGGAAGUACAGGCUUGAACAUACAUGGAAAGUCCUCAGCAUUGGCUCAUCUUUUUCAGGCACAAAGGAGGAUGGAGAAGAGAUUUCAUGAGCGAGGACAUCACGGUACUGAGGGAACAGUCGUUCAUUAGUCCACAAUUCAGGUUUAUUUCUGAGGCCUGACUUCUGGCCAGAUAGCUCAAAUCUGCAUGGCAGAGUGGAAAGCUCAUUUGUUUCUGGAAGUCUGAGCCUAUUGCUUAUCCUCGAUCAUGACCUAAAGGCAGACAUGUAAAAUUCCUUCUCGUGCAUUAGUGGGAAAAGAUAAACCAUCGUUGAGAUUUCAUCCUAAUACCAUAUUUGACAUCUACCCCUUAUUGUCUGUGCCUCACCAGGAAUCUCUUGAGGCCGAAUGGUGUUCACAUUCCAGUUUUGUGCCAGAGGGAAAGCACUGAGAGGUGAUUGUGUGUGGCCCAGGGCCUCCAGCUUUACCCUGACUGUCCGCCCCUUGCUUCUCGGGUUCAGGGUUGGCUUGAGCGCCUUGUGCGUUGAGUCCCACAAAUGAUCCCCUAGGAAAAGCCAACCGUACUGAAGCGAUUUUCUCAGAGCCAGAGGAGUGGCUGCAGCUCCCUGUCCACUCCCUCUGACAUGCGACUUGUGUCACUUCCUCGGUCCUGACUUUUGCACACCUCCAGAAAUCGUUCCAUCUCAGAUUCCAGUACCAGCGAUCACUUCAGACCGCACUUGGUAAGGCGUGGAGCUUCAUGAAGACGGAGGGCAGGGGCAGAGUGACAGACAUGUCGAACACUUGAAAAGGGGCAGCUUUCAUAGGAAGAAAAGAAAAUGAUCUGUCACGGGUUUUUGUUUGUUCUGUUUCCAGCAUUGUACACAGAGGCACUUGGGCAACCGUUAAGAACUUGAACGCUUCUAAUCCCAGAUCAGUCCCUGCCUCUGCAGUCAGAGUGGAAAGCAAGUAAUUUCAUAGGAUAUGUUGUUUUUUUCAUGAGGUACUGCCAGCUUUCAAAUAAGUCUGUCACACUUAGUUUUCUAAAAUCACAUGCUGGAAAUAUCUGUUUCCCUCGAAAAUUGAAUGCUAUCUCAAGUAGGAGUAUUAACCUGGACUCAACAGGUUUGUGCAAUAUGGCUUUAGGCCACUUUCCAACUAGGAACAUUUCUGUGUCUUCAGAAUUUCCCAUUUUACUAACUCUUGGAGAAAGAGAAGUUGCAUUGGAGGUAAAGAGAAGACAUCAUGGGGCCUGCUUCUGGAAAUCUUGGAGACAUCACCCCCAGUUGGCUCUGACAUUUUCCCAUCCUCUUCCACAUUAUCCUCUGGUUUGCACUCUAUCAGUCUGUACCUUUGUAUUUGUUAAAUUAUUCUUAUGUCCUUUAGGCCCUUGAUGAUGUUUUGAGCUCUUCAUAAAUAGGGGCCAUCUCUCCUGCUGUUUGCUUUCUCUGCUGUGCCCAGAAGAAUAUGGGCCUAGACACAGUAAGGACCUAAUAAAUAUUACUGUUUCUAACCAUCAAGAAAA